UUGACGCGAAAUUCAAACUAUAGAGUAACUGGCGCUUUUUCCCUUCUCUGCUUUCAUUAGUUAUUGGCGUCUGAGUUUGACCGCGUAAAACGAAUAUGCUCAGUUAGUGGACGAUAAGACGCGGCAGAGCAGCUCUAUUCAAUCAUUUGCAAGGCUCUUGUAAGGACUUGGAGCUUUAUUUUUGAGGUAAGACAGUUUUCAGACUUUAGAACCAUGAAGUGCCUGAGCCGCAGCAGAGCCUCAGCAGAGAAGGCUGAACCGGAAACGAGCGCCGAGUUAAAGAGCCUGGAGAAAAGCGCGCCAUCUUCCUGCGUGUCGUCCUCCAUCUCUCAGCAGCAGCUCAGCGAGCCCACAGGACCUCAUAACAAGGAGAACUGCAAAAAAAAGCCCUGUGCUGUAGAACUCCUGUCUGAUGAUGAAGCUCUCUUGGGCAGCCAGAGUCUCACAGAAGACAGCGGCUACCUCUCCCUUCAUAACAGCCAGCUUGAGCAUUUUGAUGGAGAUACAAACUGUACAGAGUCUCAGGAGAGAAACACUGAGAAAAAAGAGUGCAGACUGUCCCCGGUUCAUUCUGAAUCUAAAUCAAGGUGCCUUCCUGUUCUCAAGUUUCAGGAGGAGGUGUGCAGACAGCUGGCCAAAGGCUACAUGCAAAGCCAAAGCUAUGACUGGACUGUCAUUAAUAAGCUAGCUAAGGACUAUGGCCUCCAUAACAUCAUUGGAGUAAAGAUGGGACUGGAGUAUGUAGAUAUUCUUUGUGAACUGUUGAAGAAAGACAUGAAGCACAUCCUGACCAGGAUCUUGGGCCUACUUGGGGAGCUCGACUUAAUAAACUGUAAAAAAGUGAGCAAGACAUGGCGUAAAAUCAUUCACGAAGACCAGAAAUCCGUUCAGAGAUGCCGAGAAGCAGAGCAAUUGGAACUGCUAAAGGACUCGGAAAGGUCAACAGGGUCUUUAACCAGAGACUUUGGCCUUAGUAGGGUGGUAUUUUCUUGUCUACAGAGGUUAGCUUCAACACCAGUGCACAAACCCACAAAGAAGACCCACAGUCAUACAGACAGUGUGCACAGAGCAUCCAAACCAAGCCGCUUUGCAGAGUUUCAUGAGGCUACUAAAAACCUAAAAGGGCAUGAGUCACUGAGGAGCUGCCGUCUUUGUGGUUCUCCUGCACGGUUCGACUCGGCCAUGAAAAGGGCAGUGUGUAUGCGGCCCAGCUGUGCUUUCGACUUCUGCUCGACAUGCCAGUCAGCAUAUCACGGGUCCACUGCAUGCCAGAGGGGCAUAAUAAAGGCAUCAUCGUCACAAUGCCAGACUGUGCCUUUAGCAGGUUCUGCUCGCAGCAAACGCAGUGUCCGACGACUCUGAGUUCCACUAACUCAAAAGCACAAUUUGCACAUUUAAAAUUAGUCUUCAUUCCUAUAAAUUCUUUUAUGGUUGUUUUAUGUGGAUUUUUAUGUUUCUCAGUGUCCUUAAUGUGAAUUGUAUGUAGGUCACUUUGUCUGUUGUCCUAGCACACAUUUGUAAAGUACUGAAUGCCAAAAAAAAAAAGAAAAAAGAUGAAAGGACUGAACAGCCUUAUCCAUUGACACAGAAGAAAAUUUUAUAAGGUUUUAUAAAUGUAUUAAUGAAAUUACCAUUUGUGUGCCUUGUCUAAGCAAAAUGUAAAUAUUUACAUGGCUGAAUAAAGAGUUCUAUAUUUUUUUUA